AUUAAAUUAAAUGAACAACAAUUACCAAGACAAAUAAAAAUUAUUGCAAGAAAAAAAAGAAAAAAUUGCACGGUAAUAAUUACUAAAAUGAUUUAAGACUAAAGGAAGAGUAAAUGAGAUAAUAGCUUUAGAUUGCAUCUGUAAGAUUACCUUAAUAGAUAACAUAAGUUGAGGAGAAUGCUGAUAGCAAUUAAUCUUCUCAUUAAGCAUAACCAACUUAAAACUAAGGUGUGAUAGCUCCUCCAUAAUAAUCAGAUUUAAUAAGUUUAUAUUUACAAACAAAGCGAAAGAAAUUAGGAUUUUAGACAAUAGAAAUGUAUUCAAACAAUCCUGCUCCUCCUUAGACAGAAGUAAUGACAAUAGAAUUUGGUGUAUAAUGUGAUUUUGAAAUACAAUAACAAAAGUAGGAAAAUGAUGACUAAGUGAUUCCAAUAAUGGAGAAUGUGAGAAGAGAUUCUAGAAAGAAAAGAGAAAUUUUAUAAAGUGCUGAAAAGGUGAUAGAAAAAGUAGAAAAGAAUAUAUCAAUGGAAGAAAUCAAUUCUAUAGUUUAAUCCUAAUCAUUUUAGAGAUUUUUUUCAAGAAGUUCAAAAACAAUAGAGAAAGCUAUUCACGGAGGGGAAGUAGAUGUUCUUGAAGAUUUAAUGAAUACUUAAUAAGUGGCUUAAGAAAUAGGAAAAGAUAAUUUAACAAAAUUAUUGUCAUUUAGUGAUAAAGUAUAUACAGAAAAUAGAGUAGUAACAUCAAUAUAAUGGUCACCUACAUUGCCAAAUACAUUUUUAGCUGCUUAUUCAUAAAAUGAAGAAGGAUCAAUAACAGAUUAAGUAGGAGUAGUUCUUUUAUGGUCAUUAUAAUUGAAAUCUAGACCUGAAUUUUAUUGUUUUGCAAAUAGUCCAAUAACAUCUGCUUGUUUUCAUCCUUUUAGUCCAAAUGUAGUACUUGGAGGAUUAUAUAAUGGUUAAGUAGUUGUAUGGGAUUUAAGAGCAAAACAUACACCAGAGAAGAGAUCAACAUUAAAUAGCGGUGGACAUAGUUAUCCUAUUUAUGGAUUAAGUAUUGUAGGAUCAUAGAAUGCAAAUAAUGUAAUAUCUUCAUCAAAUGAUGGAAGAAUAUGUAUAUGGAAUUUAGCAUAAUUAAAUUAACCAUAAAAAAUUAUUGAUUUAAAAACAAAAAAUAAAUAAUAAACAACUAAUCCUUAAGUUGAAGUUAAUUCAACCUGUAUGGUUUUUCCUUAAGGAGAUGCUAAUAAUUUUUAUGUUGGCGCUGAAGAUGGAUGUAUUUAUAAAUCUAAAUUACAUUAAAAUACUAAUGAAAAUAUAGUCAUUCCUUUUGAAGAACAUUUAGCUCCUGUUAGCGGAAUUUCAUUGAAUUCUUCUCCAUAAGCAUCACCUAUUAUUUCUAAUUUACUUUUAAGUAGUUCUUUUGAUUGGACUUGUAAAUUAUGGAAUACUAGAACAUAAUCAGAUAAUAAAUGUUUAGCUACUUUUGAAUGUUCAGAAGAUUAUGUUUAUGAUGUAUAAUGGAAUGGUUAGCAUCCAUCAUUAUUUUCAACCACUGAUGGAGAAGGUUAUGUUGAUUUAUGGGAUUUAUCAUAUGAUUUAGAGGCUCCAAUUACUAGAUAUAAAUCUGGUAAUAAUUCAAUCAAUAAAUCACAAUGGUCUAAAGAUGGUACCAAAAUUGCUAUUGGAGAUUCUUUUGGAGAAAUAUAAAUUUUGUAGUUAUCUUAAAAAGUUUAUUAUUUUCAAUUAUUUAUUUUUAGGCUCAAAAAGUUGAUCAUGAAAGAUUGGCAAAAUUAGAGUAAUGGAUUAAAAGUGAAAAAUGA